UGAACCUAUGUGUGCCUAAAGGUACCAAUUUUAUUUUCCUUGGGUGAAAUUCCAAAGGUGGCGUUGUUUUAAUCUUUUAACUUAACAUACUGUUUAAUACAAGCAAACCCAUACCACCUCUGCCACCACACUUACAUAGGAUUUUUUUUCUGAUUGGCUUAACGAACUGACCUGUAUUGGAAUGUUUACUGUGUGAAGUGCCUUCAGACGACUCUUGUCGUGAUUUGGCGCUUCAUAAAUAAACUGAAAUGAAUUUUAUCAUGACCAAAUCAUCUUGGGACGCAUUUCCUGUUCCUUUUGAGCGCAGCAAUCUGUACUAAAUACCUUCACUAAAACAAUUAGGUUAUGGGUCAGAAGUAUAACAAAAUGUAGUGUACUUGUUUUUUUGGGGCUUUUGACGAAACCGUUAAAAAAAACAUUACGACAAAUGUUUUGUCUGAAAACCACCAGAGGAAGUUAUGUGUGAGAGCCAGGUGUUUUAUUCUGCUCCAGCAGGUGGCGGAAGUGCACCUUUACGCUGGUCACCGACCACCGGAAGUAGCAGAAACCAGAAGCUGCUAGCAGAGCUAGCUUGUUGUUGUUCUGGUGUGUGAGGAGAAUAUUUGAGGCUCUGCAGUAAAAAUGUCUUCACUUCAGUCUCUGGGAGAGUUGAUCAGCUAAAGCGACUAACUGCUGCUGCUGCAGAAAUCUCACCAGGCUGUGGAAACUUUCUUCUCCUCCUCAACAACUUGGUGGAGUUCUUUCCAGAACCAGAGAAGAUAUUCUGCGGUCUUCGUGACAAUCGGAGCUCCAGAAUCAGGUUGUGGGUCAGAACAUCUUUUCUCUAGACUUCCUGCCCUCUGGAUCUGCUGCUGUUCCUUUGGCCGGAACCAAAGCCUUGGAUCUUUAAUCUCCUGCGUUGUUUUGAAGCGGCAUCUUAAUCAGCUCUCCUGCAGCUGGAACUGAUUCAUCGUGUGUUCUUCACCACCUGGACCUGGACAGCAUGGACACAGAUGUUCCACAGCUGGUGCUGGUUAAAGCAGAAGCUCCUGAAGAACAGAGUGCUGGUGUGGACCAGCUGGACUCAGAACACCUCCACAUAAAGGAGGAACAGGAGGAGCUCUGGACCAGUCUGGAGGGAGAGCAUCUCUGUUUGAAGGAGGAGACUGAAGCUGUCGGGUUUCCUGUUACUGCUGUUUCUAUAAAGAGUGAGGAUGAUGAAGAGAAACCUCUGGUCUCACAGCUUCAUCAGCAGCAAAUAGAAGACAGAGAUGCUCCAACCAGCAGCUCAGCUGACCAGAUGGCAGCAGAAAAUGGUGGAGGAGCAGGAACUAGCAGGAACCCAGAUCUGAACCCUCAUGAACAAACGUCUGAUUCUUCAGAGACUGAAGUUAGUGGAGAUGACGAAGAUGAUGUUGAUGAUGGUGUGAAUCUGGACUCUGAGCUGUCAGACUCUGGGUCUGAAACUGGAGACGAGGAUGAUGACUGGAAUGAGAGCAGGUCUUCUGAGUCAGAUGAACUUCCACAGCAUCAUGUCUGGGAAAACAAGAUGGCUCUGACUGGCCAGCAGCUCUCUAAACAGAAAUGGACCUCCAGUUUGGACCAGAAGGAACCAGAACCUCCACUGAUGAAAGAGGAACAACAAGAACUCCUUAUCCAUCAGCAUGAAGGGCAGUUUCUUCUGAAGCAGGAAGUUGUUACCUUCAUGGAGACUUCUCCUUCUGAAGAAACAGACUGUCAUGAACCAGAACCAAACAAGAACCAACCCUUGUGUCAGAGUACUACAGAAGCUGAGAACCAAGAUCAGGGUGGAUGCAGGAAAGAAAACUCAGAAUCAAACAGCAAUGAAAAACUGACACGUAAUAAAAUAUGCCAAUCCAAAAAUCACAGAGACAGUGUAGAUGAUAAAAAACAAAAAAGGCACAAGAGGGCUCACACAGGUAAGAAGCCAUAUCCAUGUAAAACUUGUGGUAAAUGUUUUAGACACGGUGGUAACUUGGCUACACACAUGAGAACUCACACAGGUGAGAAGCCAUUUCAAUGUAAAAGUUGUAGUAAAUGUUUCUCACAGAGUGCUGCUUUGAUUUAUCACAAGAGAACUCACAAAGGUGAGAAGCCAUUUCAUUGUAAAACUUGUGGUAAAUGUUUUAGUGUCAGUAGUACCUUGACUACACACAUGAGAACUCACACAGGUGAGAAGCCAUAUCCAUGUAAAUCUUGUGGUAAAUGUUUUAGUGUCAGUGGUUCCUUGACUGCACACAUGAGAAUUCACACAGGUGAGAAGCCAUAUUCAUGUAAAACUUGUGGUAAAUGUUUUAGUGAAAGUGGUCCCUUGACUAAACACGUGAGAAUUCACACAGGUGAGAAGCCAUAUUCAUGUAAAACUUGUGGUAAAUGUUUUAGUGACAGUGGUUCCUUGACUAAACACAUGAGAACUCACACAGGUGAGAAGCCAUAUUCAUGUAAAACUUGUGGUAAAUGUUUUAGUGCCAGUGGUUCCUUGACUAAACACAUGAGAAUUCACACAGGUGAGAAGCCAUAUUCAUGUAAAACUUGUGGUAAAUGUUUUAGUCGCAGUAGUUCCUUGACUACACACAUGAGAACUCACACAGGUGAGAAGCCAUAUUCAUGUAAAACUUGUGGUAAAUGUUUUAGUCGCAGUAGUUCCUUGACUACACACAUGAGAACUCACACAGAUGAGAAGCCAUAUCCAUGUAAAACUUGUGGUAAAUGUUUUAGUUGCAGUGGUUCCUUGACUACACACAUGAGAACUCACACAGGUGAGAAGCCAUUUAAAUGUAAAAUUUGUGGUAAAUGUUUUAGUGACAGUAGUCACUCGGCUAAACACAUGAGAACUCACAUUAUAUCACUGAAUUGCUAAAGCCUCAUACGCAAACCCGAGCCCUCAGGUCCACAAACUAGAACCUUCUAGAAGUUCCAAAGACCAAUUAUAGAAGUCCAGGUGAUGGCUCCUUCCAGACUGUUGCACCCUGACAUUGGAGUGGUCCUCCUUUUAGCCUUACGUAGUCUUGACAGUCUGGACACUUUUAAAAAAACAGCAGAAGACUUUCACUUAAAGCUGCCAUUUCUAAAUAUUGUAUUUUCUUAUUUUUAACUCAAAUUUGUAAUCAUCUUAGCUUUGUUUAAUGGUAUUUUAUAAAUAUGUGACUUAGAUUUUAUUUCUGUUUUAAGAUCACUAUGAUUUUAUGGCUUAAUGAUUUGUUUUGAUCUAUGUGAAACACCAUGUGAUUUUCUGUCUGUGAUGAGUGCUAUAUAAAUAAAAUGUACAUACAUGUGAAAAGCCAUA